AGAGGAGGAGGCCGGUGACGUCGUUGGGGGAACGACUGACAGCGAAGAAAAGAAAUGGCGAUGCUCGGAGGGUUUAGCGCAGCACAGCUCAAGAAAAACGUCUCUGACGGGAGCACCGACGUGUCAGAAUUUAUCUGCCCAGUUUGUCUGGAGAUUUACGACAGCCCCGUAACAACACAGUGCGGCCAUACGUUCUGCCACAGUUGUUUGCAGGAAUGUUUGCGUCCCCAGAAGCCUGUGUGUGCUGUAUGUCGGGGCACUCCGGGCCGCUGGACUAAAGCUGUUGAUCUAGAGGCCCUUAUCCAAUCGUCUGUGGCAGCUUGCAAGGGCUGUGGAGUUCAGGUUGGUCUGUCUCUGAUGAGAGGUCACACAGCUGGUUGUUCAAAAUACCAGGAGUAUAUUGAGGAGGGAGUGAGGACUACUGCCCAGAGCCAGCCUGCCAUCACCAGUUCAGUGCCAAAUCGCUACACCUUCACCUGCCCCUAUUGCAACUGCCAGAACCUUGAUCAGGACGGCCUGGUCGAACAUUGCACUUCCCAACAUGCUCGAGAUACGCGCCAAGUGGUGUGCCCUAUCUGUGCCUCAAUGCCUUGGGGGGACCCUAACUACAGGAGUGCUGACUUUUUCCAGCACCUGAAGAUCAGACACACAUUCUCCUAUGACACAUUUGUUGAUUACUCCACAGAUGAGCACACAAUGAUCCAGGAGGCUCUGCAGCGCUCCCUUUUGGACAACUGAAGUGUGAAGAACAAUCCGCCGGGAGGAGGAGGAGGAGGAGGAGUACAGUCAGGGGAAGGGGAGACGCCUCGGUCUUCAAAAGACAGAACAUCACACUGUAUCAUCAUUCAUCUAUAAUGAGGAUGGUGGUGCUCAAUUGCUAUGGGUAAUUAUUUUCAUAGGGAACUGGUAUUGUAACUAUGAGUCUCUAGGUUUAUUAUUCAGAAAAAUAAAUCACGCAAUAUGAUUAAAAUAACAUAUUGUACCGUUUGAUUUAGGAGUGAUACUGUGUUUCUGGUGUGAUAAUCUCUUAUCUUCCCCCACAGAUUGCUCUGUAGACUUGAUAGCUUGUUGAGUAUCUCCUAAAUUAUGUAUGCUGUUUGUUCAUUAAUGACUCGGUGUCAUAUAGCCAAAAACUUCCAAAGUUGUGAUGAAAUCCCCUGUUGUCAAUACUUGAUGUUAUAAGAGGGUUUGACCACUAGGUGGCUGACUAUCGCCAGAAAACAACAACAACAAGCUUCACUCAGUGAAGUCCUUGAGUAAUGUUAACUAUAAUAUAAAAUAUUCUCCAGGACUGACUCUGCAUGUUCACUUUCAGGAGAGGAAAAAGGGGGAUUUGUUUUUUUGUUUGUAUGUUUCUGAGUUGUGUUUUUGGUGAAGACAAUGGAGAGUCUGACCUUUUUUUAAAACUGUCUCUGGGUGAGGUGUGUGUGAAGAAUGUGUGUCCAUUCCUUUUUUUUUUUUUUUUUUUAUUAGAGAUCUACUGGAAAGAAUAAAUAAUAUGAGGGUCAAACAAAGCCAGAGAUACAGUUUUCUUUAUUGUAAUGUUUCUCCCUUGUGUCUUUGUGCCUGCUUGUAGAUCUUCUCUCUGACUUCCAAACCUCACAGGGCUAACAGUUCAUCCACUGAAUCAAGAGAUGCAAAGAGAACAGUGAGAAUUUAUUUGCAUGGUUAUCGCCACAGGAGGGCAGUAGAGUUCUGCGUUUCACCCACCAUCAUGACUGGGCUCCCCACUAGCACGCUGACACAGCCGUUCAACACAGAUAUCAUUCUACAAAUGUGCUUUACUCAAUUUUGUUGUUCUCCAGAUUUGUUUUUACCAUUUAGUUUUAUUCAGCAUAGGGGGAAAAAAACUGUCACUGGUAAUUAGAUGUUUUUGUGGGGCUAUUUGUAAAAGUUGAAAAACAUUAACCACAACUUUUAGGAAGUUAAAGAGGUGACAGGACUCGGUGUAACUUACUGUCGCGUGUUUCUCAUGUCCAUCUCACGGUCUUACGGCCCUGUCACUGGGAGAAAAAACAGGAAAAAUCACUUCUCAUUUGCGUGUUUCUAAACACUGACAGCACAUACAAAGGAAAUUCAGUUCGACUUGCUUGUUUCUGUUUUAAACUUUAGUGUGAAAAUUUGUGAAUCGUUAUUUGAAUGUUAUUUUACAUCAAUGUCUUUUAUUUUCCAUUGAUAUGUCUCAGAACAGCUAUACACAGUUGUGCAGAUGUUCACACAGUUGCAUUUGUGUUCGACCAACAGGCAAAUAAAACUUCUUACACGCAGAUUAAGUAGCUCUAAAGCAGAACCUCGAUGCCUUCACUUCAUCUUCGAUUCCACUUUGGCCUCGAUGUUCAUUUCUCUCUCUCCAAUAAAAUGUGUAAUAAUUUUGUAUAUGUUUCCAAUGUACAACAACCUUUUUUUUUUUUUUUCUUUUCAAAUAUAUCUCUCGUCGUCUUUUGUCGGCCCGACUGUCAGGGGGUGCUAAAUCCUGAUAAAUUAAAGCCCUUUAAUUAUUUAAACCCUG